AUGAGCUGCUUCAGCUGUUGCGAAGAGGAUGAGAUCCAUAAAGCUGCUGACAAUGGAGGUCAUUAUCCCUUAAAGAGUUCUGGAGGAAGUAUAGGAGGCCAUCAUGCCUCAGAAACUGCGCCUAAAGGGGCUCAGAUUAUCAAGAUCCAGCCCAUUGAAGUCCCAGCAUUAGCUUUGGACGAGUUGAAGGAAGUUUCAGAAAACUUUGGUACUAAUUCUUUGAUUGGAGAAGGCUCCUAUGGAAGAGUGUAUUAUGGCAUUCUCAAGAAUGGGCAGGGUGCAGCGAUUAAAAAGUUAGAUGCCAGCAAACAGCCUGACGAUGAAUUCCUAGCUCAGGUCUCAAUGGUUUCAAGACUUAAACAUGAUAACUUUGUCCAAUUGCUUGGGUAUUGUGUUGAAGGAGGGUCUCGCAUACUUGCUUAUGAAUUUGCAUCGAAUGGUUCGCUGCAUGAUAUUCUUCAUGGAAGGAAAGGUGUUAAAGGUGCACAGCCAGGUCCUGUCCUGACAUGGGUGCAGCGUGUUAAAAUUGCUGUUGGGGCUGCUAAGGGCCUUGAAUAUUUGCAUGAAAAGGCCAAUCCCCAUACCAUCCACCGUGACAUUAAAUCCAGCAAUGUUCUGAUUUUUGAUGAUGAAGUUGCAAAGAUUGCUGAUUUUGAUUUGUCAAAUCAAGCUCCUGACAUGGCGGCACGGCUUCACUCUACUCGUGUACUGGGCACAUUUGGAUAUCAUGCUCCUGAAUAUGCCAUGACUGGGCAGUUGAAUGCAAAGAGUGAUGUUUAUAGUUUCGGGGUGGUGCUUCUUGAGCUUCUGACUGGUCGUAAACCCGUUGACCACACACUGCCACGUGGGCAACAAAGUCUGGUCACAUGGGCUACACCUAAACUUAGCGAGGACAAGGUUAGACAAUGUGUUGAUACAAGACUAGGAGGAGAAUUCCCACCCAAGGCGGUUGCAAAGAUGGCUGCAGUGGCUGCUUUGUGCGUGCAAUACGAAGCUGAUUUCAGACCAAACAUGAGUAUCGUCGUUAAAGCACUACAACCUCUACUAAACGCCCGGGCAGGUCCUGUAGGUGAAACCCCAGCCGUCUAA